UCAGCAACUCCCUCUCUCUAAUCUCUCUCUCUUUUUUUGUAUAUAAAAGGUCUCAUUCCAUUAUUUAUUACCUUCUUCUCCAUCUCUCUGUUCAUACAACUCUCUCUCUAUUGGCUUCUAAAAAUCAUUAGCAAUUAAGAAAUGGCUGCAGAAGUGAGCUCAAUGGUGAAGAGAAAUUCAUCAGAAAUUCUGAUAACAAGGGACUUGCUUGCACAGUUUUCUAAAGUUAGGAACCAUAAAGAUUUGGAUCUCAAGGAUUUACAAUUGUCUCUUGACUUCAAGGCAGAGAUAGCAUACACAGAACACAGAAGAAGCAACUCACCAACUUCACCGUUAUCGUCGUCGUCUUCGUCGCUUGUUCAACGACACAGCCGAAGCCAAGAUUGUGAUAAAAAUUCUCCACCAUUGAAAUUCUUGGAAGAAAGCAGUUUGCAAUUAAAGCUUGUAAGUGAAUGCCAAAGUGUUUGCACCAUUGAUAAGGUUAAAAAUGCUCUAGCAAAAGCAGAGAACGAAACAAUAUUGAAGAGAAAAUGUCAUCAAUUACAAGAAGAAGAAGAAGUAAAAAUGAAAAUAUCUUCUUCUUCUAGUAGUAAUGGAAUGUUUGCUGCUGGAUGCCCUUCUUGCUUAAUGUAUGUCAUCAUACUGAAGACAAACCCUAAAUGUCCGCGUUGCGAUUCUCUCGUUCCGUCUCCAUCGCCAUUGAAGAAGCCUCGGAUUGAUCUCAACAUUUCAUUACUUUGAUUUUACUCCAUUUUUUUACCUUAAACAUCCAUUGUAAAGUCAAGUAGAUGUAUUAUAUAUUCAUAAAAAAAAAAAAGUAGAUGUAUUAUGUAUGUUCUACUCUUCUUUAUAUUUUUACCAUUCUUUUAUUUAUUUUUUUGUGGAGAGAAAAAAAAAAUUGGGAGGUCAAAUUUUGUGUCAAGUCAUUAGAUAUGCAUUUAUAAGGUUCAAAUUUAGAUGUAUAUACCAUACAACAUUUAUUUAUAUUAAAUAAUUUUAUCAGUU